CUGAUUUAGUGUCAAGUCUAAUCAAAACUCAGUGACUUGCUCUGCCACAGAGGUUCUACAUCAGCAUCAUGGCAUGCCUUUAUGGAGACAUCCUGAAAAUAGACACCACCGGUGCAUCAGAGGUGACAGCAAAACUAGACAAAUUAACCAUAAAGGGGGUUGAAGCCUCCAAAAAACUGGCUGAGAUUGAUCUGGUCCGGGUGGAGAAAUACAAGAGUAUGAUCACUAAAGUUGCCAGAGCAAAGCAGAUGGACCCAGCUGUGAUUGCUGCCAUCAUAUCCAGAGAGUCCAGAGCCGGAGCCAUCCUGAAGGAUGGAUGGUGCAACAAAGGCUAUUGCUUUGGCCUCAUGCAGGUUGACAAACGCUACCACUCUCUAACUGGUACAUGGGACAGUGAGCUGCAUAUCAUUCAAGCUACUGAGAUACUCAUUAGCUUCAUUAAAGAAAUUAAAGUAAAAUUCCCCAACUGGACUCAAGAGCAGUGCUUUAAAGGGGGAAUAUCAGCCUACAACGCAGGCUUGAAGAAUAUCCAAACGUAUGAGCGCAUAGACGUGGCCACCACCGGCGGUGAUUACUCCAAUGAUGUUGUCGCCAGAGCCCAGUGGUUUAAAAGCAAGGGUUACUGAAGAAAAACAACAGUAAAACACUAAUAUUAGAACAGUGAGAACCACCAGUCCUGAUCCUUAAUACUAGGCCUACUGUAUUGCUAUGGUUAGUUAGAAAUAGUUAGCAGAUGCUGAUGUAAUCAUUCUCUUUUAAGAAUUUGUGGUGUUUUCGAAAUGAAACUACACAGUGCAUUUCCUGCUAUUAAUGAAGAAUUGAUUAAAUAAAGCUCAUAUUCACUCCAA